AUGGACAUGGACGGCAUGGAUAUGAGCUCUAGCUCUAGCUCUAGCUCUGGUAGCUCAAUGAGCAUGAGCAUGGUCUUUACAAACACACACAACACGCCACUUUUCUCCAAUGCUUGGACGCCUUCAUCGUCUGGCAGUUUUGCCGGAACCUGCAUCUUUCUGAUUAUCCUGGCUAUCAUUGAUCGCUGCCUCAUUGCUUUCAAGGCUACUAUGGAGCGACAUUGGCUUGCAAAACAUCUCAAUCGACGAUAUGUCGCUGUCGCGGGCAAAACGACCGAAGCGGGCACCAUCGAUACCGACCCAGAUGCGAAAUUCGCUUCUCUCGUUACCGCGCAGGGCGUGGAGGAGUCGGUCAAAGUUGUUCAGAGUAUCUCUCGUGGGCCAAUUCCGUGGCGCUUCAGUGUUGACUUGCCACGAGCGUUUCUCUUUCUACUUAUUGCUGGCGUAUCAUAUCUUCUUAUGCUGGCUGUUAUGACUAUGAAUGUCGGCUAUUUCUGUUCUGUACUUGGAGGCGCAUUUCUCGGGGAAUUGGCGGUCGGGCGCUUUAUUCAAACAAAUGAGCACGGUCAUUGA